AUGUCGUUGCCCUGGAAAACACCAAGAAACUACAAAGGGAUUUAUAAGCAUGUGGAUGAUGUGGAUCUCUUCACCGGUGGACUCGCGGAAAAGCCAAACUGUGGAGCGCUGGUCGGGCCCACGUUUGGCUGUUUGAUUGGUCGCCAGUUCCACCACCUGAGGCGAGGCGAUCGUUACUGGUAUGAGGACGACAUCCCGCCCUCCUCAUUCACUAAGGAACAACUUUACGAGCUCUGCAAGACCAGCCUGGGACGUGUGAUCUGCGACAGCAGCGACAAGCUCCAGCACGUCCAGCCCAAGGUCAUGCUGGAGGCUGAUUCCUUCCUGAAUGCCCCAAUGGCCUGCCAGGGGAAGCAUAUCAAGGGUGUGGACCUGAAGAAGUGGAAGACCGCCAGCCCCAACUUCAUCAUUCCCGACAAGAUGCUUCAGGAGAGCAUUGAGAGGGCCAGGCGCGACAUCACCAACAUGAGGGACUCCGAGUGGAACCUCUGGGAAGCACCACACACACCAACUGACCCAGGACCCAGAACGAAGCAACAGACUAACUCCCGACCCAGACUGACCCCAAGCGGACACCCCAGGACGCAACGCCCGACCUGGGGGGGCCAACGCGUGACCCCUGACCUCAUGCAAGCGCUGGUGGGCAGGGGGUCGGAAGCGCAGGGGAGUGAGGACUUGAAGUUGAGUCCGAGGGUUAUGCGGGAGGCCGAGGAGCUUCUGACGGAUUGCUUUAGCGCGGGUGUCAAGGCUUGGGGGAUUAUGAGGCAACACGAACGGCAGCUGUGGCAGAAACGUCAGGCAGCAUAAGGGCACGAAAAACACGCGCAGCUGACCGCCAGCUGAAGGACUACUGAAUCCGGGUCACCAAGCAACGUCCUCGACCUGAUGGAAGUGUUGGCAAACAUUGACGUGAGCGACAUCAUGGAAAUCCCCAGUGUGUUUGAGUGUGACGACCAGACCUGCCUUGCGACCAUACACCACGAUUCCGUACGGCGACAGGAUGGUGCAAUAACCUGAAUUUCCCGUCCUUCGGCAAGUCAUUCCGGGCCAAGAGUCGUCUGUUGAGGCCCUCCUAUGAAGGUGGGCUAUCAAAACCCUGAGCUACGUCAAUCACAGGUCAGCCGCUUCCCUCCCCUCGGCUAAUCUCUACGAACAUGCACAACGAUGUCUCGGCUCCUCAUGUUCGCUACACCUUCAUGGUCAUGCAAUGGGGCAGCUUAUCGACCAUGACAUCAUCUUCACGCCCAUCAACAAAGGUUACCGAGAGCAGAUGAACCAGGUCACUGCAUUUGUGGAUGCCUCACACACCCAUGGCUCAGACAAGUGUGAACAGAGACAGCUGAGAAUGCUAACGGUCACGCUUGCCAAGAUGCUCUGCGAUAACUGUGAUAAUGUGGAGAGUGAGCAGCGGUCCGUCUUUGACCUUCCUGACCCCUUCCUGAACCCUCGUGUGUCCCACCUUGACCUGCCGGGGAUCAACCCGGAGCUGUGGAAGGAGCGCGUGUCAUGUGGGGUCGGCAAGACUGAUAUUGACAUCGGGGCAGCCGAGCGCAUAUCACCCUGUGUCAUGUGCACCUGUACCAAG